AAAAGCGUCAUUCGAUUUUUAGUUGCUGCAUACGAAACGUUACCCUGUAGUCCGAGGCCUCGUAAAUACGUGUGUAACAAUUUAAUGCACGAAGUGUACGCGUAUGUGUGACUUAGGGCGGCCGUAUCCGUUAUCAUGUUUUCGGAACAAAAAAGAAGAGAGUCGCAUCGAACGUGUUCAUUAGACCCCGCGAUUAUUUCUCGGUACAUGCGAUCUUCUUAUCUGUGUUAAAAUAAUAUGUACAUUAUUCGGUCGGAGGAAUUGUUUCGAAUAAAUUCUCUGUUGUUCGAUGAGAGCGCUAUGGAGACGGAAAUCGCGCGUCUCCGGGGCUGAGAAAGUUUUACCGCUAUACUAUACGUCGGCGAUUGAAUGAAAAUAAACGCAACAGUUCGUAUGCAACAACAACAACUCGCUUCGAACAUUUGUGUUCGAAUUUCGAACAAACGAAUUUCGCGUUGGAUACGAUACGGUAAUACAGAAUAAUACAGAAUGUAUAAUACUUGGCAAAAAUAGCGGAAUCAGACGUGUUGUCGGCGGAAUGUCUUCGGCCUUCUACUGUGUUACGUAAUUUUGAUUUAGAAUGCUUCACGCAAGAUGGUCGAUUGAGAAAUUCAUGAAUGAAAGGGUUCUCGCGCUGACAACCGUGUUGGCUUUAACGAUUGGUCUCGCACGAGGACUGAAUUGCAGUAGCGAGCCUUGCAUGUACGGGAUUUGCUUAGAGGAUGGGAACAGCACAAAGUAUUCCUGUUAUUGCAUCGACGGUUACACCGGAAUCAACUGCGAGAUCAAUUGGGACGACUGUUGGUCCAAUCCGUGCCUAAACGGAGGGACAUGCAACGACGCCGUUGCAGCGUAUAAUUGCACCUGUGCCGAGGGUUUUGUAGGUAUAAAUUGUGAGCAGAGGUACAGCGAGUGCUCGAACCAACCCUGUUUGAACAACGGGACUUGCCUCGACUACGACGGCAUUACUUGUCAAUGCCCCGACGGAUAUUCAGGCGAUUACUGCGAGAUAGACGCGUCCGUCUGCAACGACACUAUAUGCAAGAAUGGAGGCGAGUGCAUCGAGGGACCCGGGUUCUCCUUUCUUUGCCGUUGUCCCGAAGGAUGGACAGGCCCGCUGUGCGACCAGGACGUCGACGAAUGCAUCACGUCGCCCUGCAAAAAUGGUGGCCUCUGCAUCAACGUGCCCUCUUCUUAUACCUGCGCUUGCCUGUUCGGAUACACGGGCAAAGACUGCGACAAAGCUGUCGUCCCCUGCGAGGAGAAUCCGUGUCAAAACGAGGCGGUGUGUUUGUUCGAGGACGAACGAUCCGUUUGCUAUUGCGUGCCGGACUAUCACGGCUCAUUGUGCGAGCUGAAAUACGACGACUGCGAGUCGAAAUUCGCGAACUGCGUGAACGGCGGUACCUGCGUCGACGGCAUCAACAGUUUCACCUGCGCCUGCCCGGUUUAUUACAGCGGGCCGUUCUGCGACCAGCACGAUCAUCUUCCAUCGUCGACGGUUUCGCCGUUCGCGGAAACAUACGAGACUGAUAGCGAUAGGGAAACAACCACUGCCAGCAUCUCGUUUCCAUCGGGAUCGCCAACACUGCCAGAAACCGAUUCGUCGCCGUUGACAAAUGCUUUCGCGGCAACUGAGUCUUCGACGUCGGUCAAAGGGACCAGCCGUUCCUUCACGAAAUGGUACCCUUUCGCCGAAGGGUCAUCGACCACUGACAAAAAUGGCUUGUUUAGCAGUAGCAGCAGCAGCAGCAGCAGCAGCAGCAGCAGCACGGACACCAGCACGCUGCUCACCGACGCCUCGUCGAUCUAUUCGAUCACGACCAAAGACCUGUCCCAAACCGAAACAAUCUCGUUAGAGCCUCGCACGUUUCCUGAUGUCUUGAGCGAAGCCACAGCUACGUCCUCGACGCUGAAGAUCGAGAACGAUUAUCUCACCGAGAAAUCGUCUCGCAACGAAACCGCGGCCACCGAAACGACGUACCAGAGGGAAGGAACUGGGACGUCCGUUGCCAUCAGCGAGACGUCCUCCUCCGAAACGAGUGACACGCCGAGAUACACGCCGACGACAGAGUAUUAUUUCAUGAUAACUACGUCCACGGAAAGGGCCGUCGAAGAAACCACGAUAACCGGAACCGACAACGAGAGAAGCACUUUAUUUUCUACAAUCGCGUCGGCUUCGGGUGUCACGGAAUUCUGGCGAAACAGGAGUUUGGAGAUAAGUUCGUCGUCCGGGGAUGUACCAAAAGCUACGACUGUAUCGUUCACAGAAAAGGAGAUGUCCACCCAUCCGGGCGGAUCUUCGAGCAUGGAUGUAGAAAAUUCUACGGUCCCGUUCGCGAGCAGCAGCCCUUCGUUUGCAACAACGAGUACCUCGAUGAGGACCGUGUUCGAGGAAAGCAGCACGAUUGGCGAAGAGGGCCAAUCUUCCGUGAAAGAUCAGUCUUCGACUACGGUGCAAGGUAGCACCGAUUGCCAGGGUUCAUCCUGCACUAGUCCCACGGUAUCGUCGGGACGCAACGACAGCGUCUGCAACUGUACGAAUCGUAGCGACUGUAAGACCGGCCCGAGUAUAACGCGGGCCGCGUUCAACGGGAAAUCUUAUGUGAGACAACGUGUGGACGUAGAAACGUUGAAUGACAAUAAUACAUCACUGAGGAUCUUCGUUAGGCUGCGAACACGUUUCAAGGAUGGUAUUAUAUUGCACGUGUAUUUCGACGAUGAGAAAUAUGCGCUGGUAUACCUGGAGUAUGGCUCGCUGAAAUUUCAAUUUUCCUGUGGACUGGAGACUAUGUUGCUCGGGGAGAUAGAUUCUUCUAUCGACCACGGAUACGAAGUAGACAUCGAUACAAGAUUUCAAUAUUUUAUUCGAAACGAAACCAAUAAAUGCUCCGCGCGACUACUAGUCAAUGGAACCACAGCAGUUAGCGGUGAACAAAUAUUGCCCUUGCAGGGAAACCUUCCACGAUACGCCAAUUUACAUUUAGGAGGCAUACCGUUAGUGUUCACGCAAUAUUUUUCACACGUCUCCAUGGGAUUUACCGGUUGCAUGGACUUGUUGAAGGUAAAUGAUGUUCCGCGUCAUUUCAUUUAUGACUCUACGGAAACAUUUCAAAUCGAAGAUUGCGUAUCCUUUCUGUGCCUUUCAAAUCCGUGUCAAAAUUUCGGUGCAUGCGAAGAGACAAAUGGUACAAUACGUUGCAGAUGUAUACCCGGAUAUACGGGAUCGUUCUGCGAACGCUCAACCUGCGAUGAAAGCCCUUGUGCACUGGGAGCCACUUGCAUUAGUUCGCCAGGGUCAGGCUUCGUUUGCGUUUGUCCCCUUGGAACUCAUGGUCUCUUGUGCGAAGAAGAUACAGUUAUAACUCGACCAUCAUUGUCAGUGCUCAUACCUGGAUUCUCGUCGUAUGUCGCUUAUGGUGUAUCAAAUUCUAUAAAAGACACUAUGGAACUAAAAAUGAAGCUCAUACCGCGAACCUUUGAUCAAAUAUCCCUAAUAGCUUACUUAGGACAAAGUGGUUCACGACGAGAACUCUCAGAUCAUCUCUCCGUAACAUACGUUCGCGGUUACAUUAUGUUAACAUGGGAUUUGGGAGCUGGUGUACGUAGGAUAUUUACGAGUGCUCCGUUGAGCGCCACAACAAUAACAGCUACAGCAAGUAAGAGUUAUAUAGCACAUACCGUUCGGGUUGGAAGAAGUGGCCGGGAUGCGUGGCUCGCUGUAGAUGGUAUAGGUAAUGUGACUGGACGAGUUGUUGGAUCCAUGACUCGUCUGGACGUGUCACCGAUUCUUUACAUUGGUGGUCAUAAAUCAAGAAACUUUGAAUCUUUACCCCAUGAUCUGCCUCUUCAUACUGGAUUCUCUGGUUGCAUAUUCGACAUUGAAAUACGCACAGCUGGCGCAAUUUAUCCAAUAUCAAGUUCUAGUCCCGCAACCGGCCGUGGGGUUGGAGAAUGUCAUCGUAACGAAUGUAUUCGCCAUUCAUGUAAAAAUGGUGCUGUAUGUUUGAACCAUGGAGCUACAUAUAGCUGUAUUUGUACAAAAGAGUGGAUGGGUUCGGAUUGUUCCAUACCAGUGGAAGUGUUAUCCCCUAUUGAUUCAUCCUCUUGUCAUUCUUCGAAUUAGUCAAAAUAUUGUUACCAUUUCAUUAUACUCGAAUUUAUUCAUAGUACAAAAACUUCGUAUAUUAACUAAUGUUUUCAUUAUUAUUUUUGGGUCGUUUUGUUACUGAACAAGAGUUUAAAUGCACAAAUAAGAUUGCUGCAGCUAAACGAGCCUGUAAAUCAUACUUGUUAUGAUCGUGAUGCCAUUCCACAGAUCCCCAAUGAGCAGUCUACAAAAAGGAAAGCAACAGUAAAAUAUAGGGCAAAAAUAAGUCCAACAUCAUUUAGUGAAGAAAUUCAUAUGAAUACCUGAAAACCUUCCUCUAAAAGUGACAGUUUUACUGCUUCUUCUACACUGAGUACUCUUUCUGCUGUAGCUAAUGUGAGAAUUACAGAUUUUAUUGCAUCUACUCCAUACAUGAAACCUAUAAAUAAAACAGUAUUAUUUACUAUAAAGCAAUAUGUACAAAAUUGUAUUUGUGUAUGUUAACAAUAAAGAUAUUUACCAUAUA